UAGUAACCCACUGGUCCUCUUGGGUAGCAGUGCUACUCUGUCCGACCCUCCAGAGUGGUUCACCCGGGGAGAGCUGCUGCUUGUGAGUGCCAGGUGCCCAGGCUGCAGUUGCACGCAAUCUCCCACCAUCCUUGGCUUACACCUCGCAGGAUUUUGCUCUUCAGGACCAAGCUCAGACAUUACGGAUCCCAGAGCCAGAGGUGAUGGAGCUGAGCCACCGACAAGGUACAACCACGUUGACAAGGACCCACCCGAACGACAAGGAGGGGCAGCAGGACAUGAACUCCUUCAGAGCUAACCAUAGCUCCUUAGGCAACUCUAAAUUUAAGUACCAUGCAAGGCUCUCCCAGAGCCCCUUAGGCAGCUCCCUGGGCCAGGGCCACCUGGAGACUCCACCUCUACCACCAACUCCUACCUGCAGGACUUCCCUGGCUAUGAACUCCCAUCCUGAGGACCUGAAGAAGGGGGCAUCCAGAUCCAGCUCGAGAGAUGCCAGGGAGACCUUCCGAGAGGGAUGUGUCGGGGAGGAAGGCCGAGACUCCAGGUCCCCAGAGCAGAGGACAGUGCCUCUGAGCAAUAAGGACAGCGUCAUUCCUGAGAACAUCCGCCACAAAUUUGGGAGCAAGAUGGUGGACCAACUGAUCUCUGAGGAUCAGGCUCGACAGGCCAUUGGUGAAAUGUUUGAGGGCCAGAAGAGGCCAAGCUCAUGGCCUAGCAGGACCCAGAGCCCCAUGCAAGCCUCCUCCAUUUUCUCAGACUACUACGACCUGGGCUACCACAUGCGGUCCAACUUGUUUCAAGGCCCACCCCAGGAGACAAAGAGCCUCAUGAAGGCUUCCUACACACCGGAGGUGAUAGAGAAGUCGGUGAGGGAUGUGGAACACUGGCACGGGAGGAAGACGGAUGACCUGGGCCGGUGGCACCGGAAGAAUGCAAUGAACAUGAACUUGCAGAAAGCGCUGGAAGAGAGAUAUGGAGAGAAGAGCAGAUCCAAGGCCAAGUAGUUGAAAGGACAUUGGGAGGAAGCUUGAGAAUGUUGCCAAUAAAGAAAUAAAGGCUGUGGUCUGCCACUGUG